AUGCGUCGACUCUCCUCGCGGCGGGUGCCGCUUCUGCUGAACUCAGCACGGCCACCGCUUUCUCGACCCCCAAAGCUUCCCCUCCUCAGCUCUCGCUUGCUCUCAGUCUCUACCCCUCCAUCCUCCAUCUCUCCACCGUCCUCCAACAGACUCUCCUCACGACGCUCCCCUCUUGCUCAAACCUCAAAACGCUAUUGUUCAUAUCGCAGGAUGUGCGGCUCUCGACGCGCAGAUGCCUCUGGCUCGACCAAUGUACCCGGUCGUGAGGUCCUGCCUACCAAUGUCAAGCCGCUACACUACGACUUGACGCUUGAACCAAACUUCGAGACCUUCAAAUAUGACGGAACAGUUGUUAUCGACCUACAGGUCGUCGAAGACACCACCUCAAUCUCCCUCAACUCUACGGAAAUCGACAUUCACACAGCUACUGUUUCUUCUCGGGGCUCAGUGGUCAGCUCCUCGCCGGAGAUUUCCCUCAACAAGGACAAGCAAGAGGCGACCAUCAAAUUCGCCGAUACAAUCCCCGCUGGGUCCUCCGCACAGCUCAAGCUGACCUUUACUGGCACACUCAAUGAUAACAUGGCCGGCUUCUACCGCUCGUCCUACAAGACAUCGAACGGCGAGACCAAAUACAUCGCGACAACCCAGAUGGAGCCUACCGACGCUCGGAGAGCUUUCCCUUGCUUCGACGAGCCCGCGCUCAAGGCCAAAUUCACUGUUAGCCUGAUUGCAGACAAGAGCAUGACAUGUCUAGGCAACAUGGACGUCGAAUCAGAGAAGGAGCUUGAUGGCGGAAAGAAGAUUGUCAAGUUCAGCACGUCUCCGGUCAUGUCCACCUACCUCGUCGCCUUCAUCGUUGGCCACCUCAAUUACAUCGAGACCAAGGACUUCCGUGUCCCCAUUCGCGUAUAUGCCACCCCGGAUCAGGACAUCGAGCAUGGCCGAUUCUCCUUGGAUCUGGCUGCCAGGACACUUGCAUUCUACGAGAAGGCCUUUGAUAGCGAUUUCCCGCUGCCAAAGAUGGACAUGGUUGCCGUCCCUGAUUUCAGCGCCGGAGCCAUGGAGAACUGGGGUCUGAUUACUUACCGUAUCGUUGAUGUGCUUCUGGAUGAGAAGACCAGCGGUGCCUCGCGUAAGGAGCGCAUUGCUGAAACUGUUCAGCACGAACUCGCCCAUCAAUGGUUCGGAAACCUGGUAACCAUGGACUUCUGGGAUGGCCUCUGGCUUAACGAAGGAUUUGCCACUUGGAUGUCAUGGUACUCUUGCAACAGCUUCUACCCUGAGUGGAAAGUCUGGCAGUCGUACGUUAUUGAUAACCUGCAAAGUGCCCUCUCCCUCGAUUCCCUUCGGAGCAGCCACCCCAUUGAAGUGCCCGUGAAGCGUGCCGAUGAGAUUAACCAAAUCUUCGACGCCAUCUCGUACUCCAAGGGAUCGUCUGUUCUUCGCAUGAUCUCAAAGUAUUUGGGCGAGGAGACGUUCCUGCAGGGUGUUCGUGAUUACAUCAGAAAGCACGCCUAUGGCAACACCCAAACUGGUGAUCUGUGGGCCGCCCUUGCGAGUGCUAGUGGAAAGCCUGUGGAGGAAGUUAUGGAUAUUUGGACUAAGAACGUUGGAUUCCCCGUUGUUACUGUUACUGAGAACCCCAGCGCUUCGUCCAUCAAGGUGAAGCAGAAUCGAUUCUUGCGCACAGGCGACGUUCGUCCCGAGGAGGAUACUACUAUCUUCCCGGUCAUGCUGGGCUUGCGCACCAAGCAAGGAAUCGACGAGGACACUCUUUUGUCGGAUCGUGAGGGCGAGUUCAAGGUUCCCGAUCUUGACUUCUUCAAGCUUAAUGCCGACCACUCUGCGAUCUACCGCACAUCUUACACCCCUGAGCGUCUGACUAAGUUGGGUGAGGCUGCUAAAGCCGGCCUACUUACCGUUGAGGACCGCGCAGGCAUGAUUGCCGACGCUGGUGCUCUGGCUGCUUCAGGCUACCAAAGCACCUCCGGAUUGUUGUCACUUUUGACAAGCUUUGACAACGAGUCCGAGUUCGUUGUAUGGAACGAGAUCCUCACCCGUGUUGGUGCUCUGCGCGCAGCCUGGAUUUUCGAGGAUGCACAGACUCGAGACGCGUUGGAGGCAUUCCAGCGCUCCCUGGUAAGCGAAAAGGCACACACUCUGGGUUGGGAGUUCAAGAGCGAUGACGGCCACAUCCUACAACAAUUCAAGGCGCUCCUUUUCAGCGCUGCUGGUAUGGCUGGAGACAAGACCGUUGUCAAGGCCGCUCAAGAUAUGUUCCAGCGCUACGCUGCCGGUGAUUAUAGUGCUAUUCACCCCAACAUUCGCGGCAGUGUCUUCUCCAUCGUCCUGAAAAAUGGCGGGGAGAAGGAAUACAACGCUGUCUACGAUCGCUUCCGCAAUGCCCCCACAUCAGAUGAGCAAACGACGGCACUUCGCUGCCUCGGUACCGCUGAGGACCCAGCCCUCAUCAAGCGCACUCUGGGCUUGGCACUGGGCGAUGAGGUCAAGAACCAGGACAUCUACAUGCCUCUUAGUGGCCUCCGCUCACACGCCGCUGGUAUUGAUGCGCGAUGGGCUUGGGUGAAGAACAACUGGGACGCACUCUACCAACGCCUGCCCCCAGGACUGGGUAUGCUGGGCACGGUUGUCCAGAUCUGCACAGCUAGCUUCUGUACCGAGGAGCAGCUGAAGGAUGUGCAGAGGUUCUUCGCCGAUAAGGAUACUAAGGGCUUUGACCGCGCGGUUGAGCAGAGCCUGGAUGCUAUCCGGGCGAAGGUCAGCUGGGUCAAGCGUGACCGUGCCGACGUCGGAUCAUGGCUGAAGUCGAAGGGACACCUUCAAAGCGGCGGCAAGCUCUAA